AUGUCCUCGCAACCACAAAAACGACUAGCCAAUAUUCAACGGCACUUCGCGACCACGCCUCGGCGACGGAAAGAGAUCGCGUCUGCAUACAUCGUCUCUGCUGUCCGUACACCUGUGGCUGCGUUCAAUGGCUCGUUUACCACUGUUCCGGCUACGCAGCUGGGCGCGACAGCUAUCAAGGAAGCGAUAGUCCGGUCUGGGGUUCCGAAAGAGCAGAUCACCAGUGUGUAUAUGGGCAAUGUCAUGCAAGCAGCUGUUGGUCAAGCACCCGCAAGACAGGCGGCCAUAUUCGCCGGACUGAGCUCGAGUGUAGAAGCGACCACGAUCAACAAGGUCUGUGCCAGCGGUUUGAAGAGUGUAGCAAUCGCCGCACAGCAGAUAGAGCUUGGUCAUGAGAGUGCAGUGAUAGCUGGUGGCAUGGAAAACAUGACGAGAGUGCCAUACUAUCUUGCCCGAGCAUCACAGCAAGCGCCAUUUGGCGACAUGAAGGUUGACGAUGGGUUGAUCAAGGAUGGGUUGUGGGAUGUGUAUAACAAUGUUCACAUGGGUAAUUGUGCCGAGAAGACGGCAAAGGACCACAACAUAAGUCGUGAAGAGCAAGACGAGUUCGCCAUUCUCAGUUAUAAGCGGGCACAAGAAGCGUGGAAGCAAGGUCUUUUCAAGGACGAGGUGGUUCCAGUCACGGUCAAGAGUAAGAAGGGCGAGACUGUCAUCGAGGAAGACGAGCAAUACAAUAAGCUGAAGCUCGACAAAGUACCGACCUUGAAGCCAGCCUUUGACCGGUCCGGCAGUGGUACAGUCACAGCAGCCAACAGCUCGUCGUUCAACGACGGUGCCUCUGCGCUUGUUCUCGCAGACCUGGAAACAGUUAAGAAAUAUGGUCAAGGCAAAAGGAUACUCGCGAAGAUUGUGGCAUACGCAGAUGCGGCGUUAGAUCCCAUCGACUUUCCUGUUGCGCCGGCGAAAGUUGUCCCGAUCGUGCUAGAGAAGGCUGGAUUGAAGAAGGAAGAUAUUAAGAUCUGGGAAUUCAAUGAAGCUUUUGCCGCGGUGAUCAAAGCAAAUGCAAAGAUACUCGGUCUCGGUGUCGAUAACGUGAAUCCUCGUGGCGGUGCAAUCGCACUUGGUCAUGCUCUUGGAAGCUCAGGCUCGCGGAUCUUGGUCACACUUUUACAUCAGCUGAAGCCGGGCGAAUAUGGCUGUGCAGCCAUUUGCAACGGCGGUGGCGCCGCCAGUGGUAUGAUUGUGCAGGCAGUUAAUGCGAGUGAGCUAUAG